AUGGACGAGGUUGACCUUGUAUUCGGUAAUGUUGACAAGCCGCGGUUAGUGCAACAGAUUGUCGAAUGGAGAGGCGAACACGCUGUACCAUGCGCUAUUGGGGAUGAAGCCGAUUACAUCAGCCCGCGUAUCGGACGCACCAGAGCAAUGGUGAAGAUACAGGAAGGCUGCAACCAGGUCUGCGCCUAUUGUAUCGUGCCAAAAGUUCGUGGCAGAGAACGCAGCAUACCCACAGAGGCACUGGUGGGUGAGAUUCAGCUACUUGCGGCCAAGGGUUACAAAGAAGUAGUGCUUACAGGAACUCAACUUGGGUCGUACGGUUUUGACCUAGUCGGGGCGUCACUUGGAUUGCUUAUUGCAACCAUCCUGUCUCGUUGCAACAUUGAACGCCUGAGGGUCUCAUCUCUCCAACCUAGGGAGAUUACUGAUGACCUAUUGGCGUUAUGGAGCGACAAACGACUGUGUCCGCACUUUCAUAUGCCAUUGCAGAGCGGCAGCAACUCGAUAUUGCGGAUGAUGAGGCGCCGCUAUACCGCAGAAGACUAUGUCGAAACUGUAAAGCGAAUUCGCGAGAGGAUACCUCAGGCAAGCAUAACCGCCGAUGUCAUUGUGGGGUUUCCCGGCGAGACUGACGCAGAUUUCAGGGCGACUUACGAGCUAUGUGAGAGUAUAGGUUUCGCUGACUUGCAUAUGUUUCCCUAUUCAAUGCGCCCCGGCACCAGCGCUGCGUACUACGACGAUCAAUUGGAGUUCCCCGCCAAGAGCGAACGCAUGCAUGCCUUGCUGAAUCUUGGCAAGUCUAUGGCAAAUCAGUUCAGACAAGGCUCGCUUGGCACUGUGCGGUCCGUACUGUGGGAGAGCCAGAUCGCCGAUGAGGGAGCGAUCCAAUGGACAGGGCUGACCGACAACUACAUCCGUGUCAAGUCGAAGAGUAAUCUCCCACUCCUCAAUGUCAUUGCGCCGGCAAUGCUGGCGAGCCUAGAUGUCGAAGGAACUGUGCGCGCCGAAAUUGUCUAG